AUGCUUCCCCCCAUUCAAAGAACACGUCCAGAUCCUAAAAUAUGUUUAGACUCAGCAGCACCAGACGAUGUUCAUUCACCUAUAACCCUGACGCAGCAGAUCAAUCAAGACCCAGGCAAUCAACGCAACGGUAGUCAAAACGAUGGUCAGAAUGAUUCAGACGGCAGUCAAUACAGACCAAGCAAGACUGUGGAAGCCGUGCUGGCUGACAAUGAUGCAGAUGAAUACGAGGAAUAUUACUCGUACGAAGAAGACCACGUUGGAGCCCACCAGGAGUCUUCAGGCAAGCUAGACAAGUUGGAUGUUGACGCCAAAGAUUUGCCUUCGCCAGCAGAAACACAAAACAGUGACAGGUUUUCCUUUGAAGGGCCAAUCAACCCGCAGAAUGUGGAUGAACCUUGUCAAAUGACGGCAGAGUCACUUCCAAAAUGUCUAGAACAACCAUGGCCGAAAAGCUAG